GGUGCGUCCACACGGAGGGGUACGAGACCACAUCUUGAGAGCCUAGAGGACCUGGCCCUUUGAUGUCCGCCAACAUCCGAUCGGAGCGCGUUCAAACUCUGUGACUCAUUCUUGUAGUCAGGCCUAGGUGCCACAGCCCCCAGUGACAGCGGAUGCACAGCCUGGAGGUACAGACGACACAGAGGACGCAGGAUGACAGCAAUUUGGAUGGACAGGGAAGAAUGGCACGUGUUGAUCCUCACCACCGCAGCCAUGUACAGCCGCAGAGACAACGUGCAUAAAGUCUGAUGUGUUCUGAACGUUUGCGCUUUCAUCCUUCCAUCGCCGUCGUUGACCUCCAGUCCGAUCCAUCCAGAAUGAGCGGUGUCAUUUCUGAUGCUGCAGACACUCAGCUUUGCGCCGAGAAUGAUCAGGUCAUGAUACCAGAGGCAGCCUUGCCUGAAUCCCGCCCACAGAUUGCUCGUUACGAUAUGUUCUUCAGCCAGCGUACAUUAAGACACGAACUUCGCAAGACGCACAAGCCAGUAACCCCAAAGAAAAAGGCCAUCAUUGUCGUCAAGCGUCUAAUUAAUUCUCGAGGUCAACUUGAGAAUACGGUGAUGGAAAUCCAUCAGGAGGCGUUGCGCAAUACUUUGCUGGCAAUAAACAGAGACGUAGAAGGACUCGAGCUUACUGCGAGAAAGCCGGCUCUGGAGAAAGAUGUAUUCUUUUUUUCCUAUAGACAGCUCGAAACCCGGCGACGUGAAUUGGAACAGUCGAACAUUCCCGAAGACCAAGAGACGCUCGAAGGAAUUUACGCGGCCCUACGAUUCAUUGACGAGGAUCUAAAGGAUAGCAUAGCCGAUUUCGACGUUCUCAUAGGUCAGCGGCAGAUAACCUACGAACUCCUCUGGGCUCUCUUUCGCCCAAACAGCUACGUGCACGCCUACGACACUGAUAUUGAUCAACGCUAUGUCGCGUGUGCAAAAACACUCGAGUAUUACGAGAGCACGCAAAGGGGAAAGUGGGCUGAGAUAGAAUGCGACAUCAUCAUCCGUGACGAUUUGGACUUGGGGCUCACUAGGAUAAAAUUCGAGGUCGACAACUUCCCCGGUGCACGGUCGAUUUUCGACCUACCCAUAUAUCCCCUAGAACAUUACCCGGACCAUGAUGCCCUAUACAAGGCUGCCGUUUCCCGAGGGAAAGAUUACGUUGGUUCGAACCUCCAUUUCUACCAGCACCAUGGAGCCGGCACCGUCCACAUUAGCGACCCGGACGAUCACGGGCCUACAAUGCUCUUGAUGCCGGGUCAAGAGCGCAAAGACCGGGGUCAAACACUUCAGAUACAAGAGCGGAUCAUGGUUGACGUAGAGUCCUUCUACGAAUAUCAACCACAUAGCAAAUUUAUACGCCACGUGUAUCGUCGCCUCGAUCCAACGAAACUAUUGGAGAAGGAUUAUCUUCUCUGUACGCCGGUGCUCCUUGGCUUCUGCUGCGCUACCAAAGCAUGGGGUGCCUUUGCCAUUGGUAGGACUACAGAGAUUCAAUGGUCGGACGAGCCCUUCGACACUCUUGUGCUUGGGGACGCGCAGAAAUCGCUGAUAUCUUCUCUCGUUAUGGAGCACACGUCACAUUCGCUCGGAUUUGAUGACGUGGUUGCAGGGAAGGGAAGAGGCCUUGUUGGACUCCUGAGCGGGAAUCCCGGUUGCGGCAAGACGCUCACAGCGGAGGCUGUGGCGGAGUUCACCCACAAACCGCUGUAUGCCGUCAGUGCAGGGGAGCUAGGCACUAGUCCCGAAUCCACCGACAUACACUUAAGGCGGAUUCUUCGAGUCGGACAACGCUGGAAUGCUGUCGUGCUCAUAGACGAGGCGGACGUCUUCCUGCGGGAAAGAGACAACAUCGACAUCUCAAGGAACGCGCUAGUCUCAAUCUUUCUCAGGCAGGUCGAGUACCAUACCGGUGUCCUCAUCUUCACCACGAACCUGAUCAAACAAAUCGACGUCGCUUUCGAGAGUCGAAUCCAUUUCUGUGUGCAGUAUCCCGACUUGGACUACACGUCUCGCAAGGCCAUCUGGCAGGCAUUUCUCCUCAAGGCCGGCGUCCCCGACGAAGAGAUCAGUCGACGCUUCGCAAAGAUUCCGCUCAACGGACGCCAGAUCAAGAACGUCGUCAGCACGGCGAAGUCCAUAGCAUGGGCUGAAUGGAAAGCCCGCAGAUCGUCCGCGCAGGGGCCCACGGCCUCGUCUGAGGCCCCGAAGUUGACGCCUGAGCACGUCUAUACGGUGCUCAAUGUCAUGCAGGAUUGGCGAGUGGCUAAGUCUGGGCGCACCCCGUACCUCCACCUCAUCGUCCUCGGUGUCGCAGGGAUCGUGUGUGCCCUGGGCAUAUUGGUUUUGUGGCAGUGCAGGGCUCUCGUUUCUUUCUUCCUUUAGCCUUCCUUUAGCCAACCUUCUACAAGUUCGUACGCACGCAUGUUGUGUAAACGCGGUAUAUACUGCCUGAGUCCUUCGUGCCGCAUGCAUCGAAACCAAAUCACAACGAAUGACAAUUCCGUCUUUCGAUCUUGGUGCUCGC